CUUCUUUCUUUAUUCUUCAUCUUCCAUUUCCCUAUCCUGGCUCCACGGCACCAAUGCUACUACUACUACUACCACUACUACUACUUACUACUACUCUGUACACGGAACACGGAACGAGCACCACGUAGUACGUAUGCUCGGACAUGCAGUGAGUGAAGUAAGGCCCAAAAUUCGGUCCAUCAGAAGCGCUCCUCUACCUCCCCCUUCUCCUCUUACUCCGUUGGCCUUUUACCGUCCACCUUGCAACGGUAAAUCCCUCUUUGGAAGCCCGCUGAAAAGGAGAAAACGGCCUUUCCUGCCGGCUAGGUCGAAGGCAGCUGGAAAGAAAAGAAACUAACAAACUAUCUGUGGUAAUCUUGUUACCAGUGCGGCGAGAGGGUGGAUGUGGGAUAUUCACGCUUUUAAUGAUUAGCACAAAAGCAUAUACACCAAGCGGUGUCAUUGGGAUCAGGUGACUACUUUGGAAGCUUGUGAGGUUUGUGGAUUGAACAGUGCGGUUGGUCAAAAUUAGUUGUGGUGGGUUAAAAAGUUCGUGCAAGUGUUGGAUGCGGUGGGUGUCUCGGAUUCAAGCAAUCCAAUGGAUCCAGCAUGAAAGAACUCGAGCCGUUGUUCUUGAACUCCGCGUCCACGGCCACCACCCCCUUGGACGUGAACCUUCUGGCUCCGCUUCUGUCAACACCCUUCGGCGGGUCCACCACCCGUGCGUCCAUCAGCUCCUACUCGGCCUUUGAUGGGUCGGGCAUUGGCUCCGAUCACCAUUUCAAUCACCGCGGAUCCCUCAUUUCCGGCGGACCGAUCAUGGACGGAGAGAACCGCAUCACCCUCAACGUGGGCGGCGUACGCUACGAGACGUACAAGGCCACACUCAAGAAAAUCCCGGCCACCCGACUGUCUCGACUGACCGAGGCCUUGGCCAACUACGACCCAGUACUCAACGAGUACUUCUUUGACAGGCAUCCCGGGGUAUUUGCUCAAAUUCUCAACUACUACAGGACGGGGAAAUUGCACUAUCCCACCCACGUGUGCGGUCCAUUGUUCGAACAGGAGCUGGAAUUCUGGGGCCUGGAUGCGAAUCAAGUGGAACCCUGUUGUUGGAUGACCUACACUGUUCAUCGAGAUACCGAGGCCACGCUGACCAUCUUGGAUAAACUGGAAAUCGAGAGUGAGCACCCCACGGAGGAAGAAGUGGCCCGGAAGUUUGGCUGGGAAGAGGAUUACCACGCCGACACGCUCACACUUUGGCAGAAAUUGAAGCCCAAAGUGUUCUCACUCUUCGAUGAGCCCCACUCAUCCACAUGUGCCAAGAUCAUAUCUGUGAUUUCCGUCUUCUUCAUCCUGACGUCGAUCUUCUCGUUUUGUCUGAAGACCCAUCCAAACUUCCGCGUUCCGGUGAUACGCAAUGUGACCGUGCAGGAUCGCUUCGCCAAUGCCACGUAUUGGACAUUGGACAAGUCUCAGACCUUUCCUCACGAUGCCUUCUUCUAUGUGGAGCUGUUGUGCAACAUCUGGUUUACCAUCGAGUGCAUCAUUCGAUUCACGGUGUCGCCCUCGGUGCGAUUGUUCCUCCAGUCGCCGCUCAACUGGAUCGAUUUCGUAGCCACGUUGAGCUUCUACAGUGAUAUGCUGCUUCAGCACUUUUUCAAGGACAUGGAGAACGCGGAUAUCCUCGAGUUCUUUUCCAUCAUUCGCAUCUUGAGGCUAUUCAAGCUGACACGCCAUUCCCCGGGCCUCAAGAUCCUCAUUCACACAUUCAAGGCCAGUUCUAAGGAGCUGACACUCCUCGUGUUCUUCCUCAUCUUGGGCAUGGUGAUCUUCGCUAGCUUGGUAUACUACGCCGAGCGCUUGCACGCCAACCCCAAGAACGACUUCAAGAGCAUCCCCGAAGGACUUUGGUGGGCGGUGGUGACCAUGACCACGGUGGGUUACGGGGACAUGGUGCCCAAGACCUAUGCCGGCCUCAUCGUAGGCUCGCUUUGUGCUUUGUCAGGUGUACUGGUGAUUGCUUUACCCGUGCCCGUGAUUGUCUCCAACUUCAGCAUGUUCUACAGUCAUACCCAGGCUCGAAUGAAGCUGCCCAAAAGGAGACGUCGUGUGGUGGCUGUGGAAGCUCCGCGACGAAUUCGCCGAGGGGGCACUCAGCACGGCUCCAUUGGAGGCGGCAACGGGAAUGGGAGUGGCAACGGUCAUGGCAUCCACCGACGGAUGAACGCUUUCAAGGCAGGGCAUCACAACCACGUGGGUAGUAUGCACGACAGUAUUCGAAAUUCCGGCAGCGGCGGCGGCGGCGGUGGAGCGGCCGGCCACCACCCGCAACCCCAAGGACCAAAAGCCAAUGUGAAUGGACUGAACAACAAUACCAACUUUCCCAUUACGGCGGCUCCACCUUUUGGUCGAUUGGGAAAUAAUGGACCAUUGAUGCCACUCAAAGGCUCUUCUGGUGACGAGACCACGCCCCGGCCGUCCCGGGACCCAACCAUUGGAAUAGCUGGAAUGGCCUCCACCAUGGUGACGGCCGCGCUCAAUAACAACAAACAGUUGGUCCCCACGUCCGAUUUGAUUCAACCCUUGGCCACGAAUUGUGCUCUCAGUACCGUGGAUGUCAAACACCUUGCUGCCUUUUUACCUCACAACCACGGACCUGGUGGUGGUGGAGUAGUUCUCCAGCGAAAACCUUCCAUGACUCCCGCCACCGCUGAGGGUACUCCAGACGAUGUCAACACCUCCACUAUCCCCACCACCACAGGCACCGUGAUCUCUAGCCCUCCAGUUCUGAUGAGUGAUAAAAUAUUGGGGGUCUCCUCCGGGGACAGCCAAGCCAAAAGCAACACCGGACGAGUCCUCCAGCAAAACACGCCCCCUGUCACGUUGGACUCCAAAUCAUCAGCCCAUGCGGCUACCACCUAUGUUGCAUGAUACCCGCCCAAUCUGUCAAACAAGGCGACCGUGAUCACACUUCAGUUUUGAUCUCGUGGGCCUUGGAAGUGACAGAUGCAACAGGCCAAAUCUGGAUGAUGGGCUCACAUUUAUUGAGGACACGAGUAUUUUCUCCCGGGGAGACACGAUUGGCAUUUUAGGAAGAUCGCGAUCGCCCCAAUCUCGGGUUCAUCGAACAGACACGAAAUUCCCAACCACUUUGGACCUGGUUCCCGCCCCCGUCACAUCCAGUCCUAUAUCUAGCCUAGGUGGGGAUCUGGGCGUCGGGUUACCCCUCAUACCUAGGUCCCCAUUCAACGACGUGGAAACUAGAUCAAAGCGACGAUUCACUUUCGAUCCUAGUUGUAUACGGGGAACGGAGGUAGCUGAUCUGACGGCUGAUUCAAUGGCGCCGCGGUCUAACUCGUUCAAGUUUGACAACAGAAAACAGGCAGAUGGACACUUGAGCCAAACACCCAAUCCUCUGGUGGACCGAAGUUGGACAGUUUUCUCCAUGGAGUCGCAAAGUCCACUUUCUUGGUCACCAAACCCUCAAGGUUCUCCAGUGCCACUUCCACUGCCCAGGCCCAGAUCGUGGCAUCCAAGGCUGGAAUCGAGAUCAGCUCAGCCUUGGCAUGUGGGGCCGAUCCACAAAUACGACAGCCACUCAAACUUAUUGGAGUUGGACGCUUCCAAGUUGGCUCCUGUUCGACCCGUGACCAAAGUGAGCCCGGUGAUGACGAUAAAUGGCAUCGAAUCUGUCUCAAACAACUGGAAGGAGCCGAACUAGGGUUCGGAUUGCAAUUCUGCAUAGCCCAGAAUGGCCAGAAAUGGAAUAACUGGUUGUUCUGAACCUGAUGGCAAGGUGAUUAGCCAAACAUUAUUGCAAAAAGACUCAAAGAGCAAACAGAAAUGGACGCAGUGCUAUAUUGAAUACGGUUUUUAUAUAAAGAUGCAAGUGACCAAACGGCUGGUGAUGUCAGAUGUAAGCCCCACAUUCGUCUUAUUUCACCACCGGCCAAGAUUCUUCAACUUAUUCGUGAUCCAUCCUGUUUUCCUCCUCACCAUUACCCAAGGCAUUAACCAAUCCAGUGUUUGAUCACUUCAAUUGUUCUAAACAUCAUAUUGUACUGUGUAAACCAUGCUUGCUUCUCAAUUUACUAAAUACGCCAAAGAAAAUAAAAUUAUUUUUACUCCUA